ACAACAGAAGCAAUGCCAAACCCAGGCGGUGGGGCCGUCGUCAGGAGGCUGCCGCCGUAUAUAAUAAGAUUAGGGCCUUCCGGUCCAAGACACCAGGCGGACGGUACAGCCCUUCUCUGCCCCGGCGCUUGUCACCACCGCUUAGAUUAACCUCAACCAUUCCUUCGCGACCCGGCCCGCCGCGAACCACCCUUCCCUCUCCCCUCCAUCGCACCUCUCGCACAGCCACUUGCGGCUCAUGCGAUGGCCUACUCCGCCUUCCCCAACGGAUACCCCCAAGCCUCGUCCUCACGAGCUGGACCAUUCGGCGCCUCCGGACCUCCCUCCGAGGGCCCACGCGGCAUGAUCAAUGACCCGCAAUUCGACAUCUUCGAGUGGCAUCCCGCCUAUCAAAGCUGCCAGCGCUACUUCCUUGACCAUGCCCAGCACGACGGGCCCGUCCAGGCUGUCGCUGCCUUGGUCAACAUCUGUCUGCCCUACCAGUGGACCCAGAACCCCAUCAUGAGCUCAUCUGGCAUGCCUCCACCGGGCACCGGCCCGGGUGCCUAUCCCCCCACGUGGUCCAGACACGGCCCGGCCCCCCAUGCUCCUCGUCCCGGCUCCGUGUGGGUUUCGCUUGUGCCGUUCAUUCGGCGCUUGGUCGUCACGGGCUUCGACAAGGAAGGCAUUCUCCACGGCUUUUUUGGCGACGAUUGGCGGAAAGGAGUGGGCCCCGUUCAAGAAUGCGAGCGCCGCAACUACCUCUUCGCGGCCAAGAGCGUCGGCUGGGCCAAGGUCAAGUACCAGUACGACAUGUCUCCGCACGAGACCGUGCCAUUCCUAAGGCCGCUCCAGAACGUCCAGUUGGAGGAAAUCGAGGGCGCAGAGAAAACGUGGAGUGAAUGGCUCGCAAUGGAAGACUGGAUGGUUGGUCCCAGGGCACCAGAAGCAAUGGAUGAUCCGGCGGAGAGCAUCGAACGGCCAUAAGGCUCAUCUGACGUAGCGGGAGGGGUCUUUUCCAGGCCAGGGAAGUGGAGUCCGGUCCUUAGCAUGGCGUUAAAAGCCGUUGACAAUGGCAGGGAAAGGAGCAUACAUCUGGAUUUUGGGACAUGAUUUCUGCGAUAGUUCCAAGGGAUUUUACAGGGAAACCUAGUUACAAAGUUUGGACUGGUCAGCAGCUUCAGGCUGUUAAUUUAACAUUGGCUGUUUACAACGUUUCUCUCUCGUUAUAACGGCAAAGGUAUGCGAAAG